AACGCCCCCCGAGAACAGCAAUUUCAAUUUAGAAGACAUACAAGAAAAGGACCACACAAUAGAGAACGCUGAAAAAUUGCUUCGGGAGAGCAGUCUCCUGCUCAAGUGGGCCCCGGUCGACCCUUACAAAUACCUGAGCGUCAAAUGCCUAUAUUCGACGUCAUUCGCUCCUUCAAUAAAGAAAAUAUACCGGCAAGUCUAUUUUCGAAUCCUGUUUCAGAUGGCUUGGAAAACAUGCGUGUAUGGGCUGUACUUUGAUCUCAAGGAAGAACAUGGGGAUAUUUUUCUGAUUAUAAACCCCCCAGGGGAGUCCCUCCCUUUUGGCGUAGAGAAAAAAUACUCCAUACUUUAUGCAGAUAAGUCAUGCAUGAUAUUGCUUGACGAGGGCAAUGCCACUGAAAGUAAGAAAACUGCCAGAAUCAGAGAACAGUCCAAUGGCACUGUGUGGAAUCGAAACGAUCAUCCGAUUUGCAUGUUAUGGGUGACUGACUUGUCUACAACCGAGGAGCGUGAAAAUUGCAAGUUACAGUUCGAUGACUAUUGCGAUCGCCCAUCAUAUGAUUACGACGAAGACAACAAGAAAGUGUGCGUUAACGUGACUGAAUAUAUGGGAAAUGUUUCCAAAGGAUGCGUAAUUGAAAAUUAGUUAUCACGACAGAUCUCACUUUAACGAAUGGUCUUU